GUAAUGCUAAACAGAAGCGAAAGCCGCCAUCCACGGAUUUGUCAUUCAAGUUUGUGGUGAAAAGCGAAAGUGACACAAAUUAAAAAUGAAAACAGUUCCUGUCCUGUUAUGCUGGGAAACGUCGCCCUCUAGUGGUCUGAGGGCGCUACGCUGUAUGAAAUACUACACUUUAUGUUCCUCUCUCUACUGACACGUCCCUUUAGAGAUGAAGAGAUUAGACAUUUCCUCCGUAAUGCACCAUCCCCCUGGAAAACAGCAAAGACGAGACGUUCAAGUGUACUCCUGCGAUCAUAAAAUGGAGUAUGCAUGUGGUUAAUCCGGUGGUUAUUUAUAUCACCCCCUUUCUCUUUUACCAUCUUUCCCUCUUUUCCGCACUAAACAUCGAGCAGCUCCGAAGCUCCGCCCAGCACGAUUACUGCAGUUCCCCUCAAACGCUACGGAGUACACCUUUGCACAGGACAGCCUGUAUAAAAAACGAGUAAACCUCCUGCGCAGAUCUCACAUGUGGACUUUACACGGGAUUAUGAUUUUCAAUAUGGAUUAAUAAUCGGAUCCUGACUGCACCACAGCUGUUGCGAACGCUGAUCUCGCUGUAGCUCUAUCAUGUAUCAGACCUUAAGGACAUUUGUACUAUCAAAUGCCCAGUGCUGGGAUGCCGACAGACAGAAGCCAUACCAGGACCUGUUUGAGAGGCUCGAUACCAACAAAGAUGGGAAGGUGGACGUCGCUGAAUUACGAGCGGGCCUCAAGGCAAUGGGCAUAUUCCGCCAAGGUGCCGCACAGAAAAUUGUGUCAUCCGGUGACCAAAACAAAGAUGGGAGUCUGGACUUCAACGAGUUCUCCAAGUAUCUGAAGGAGCACGAGAAGAAGCUGCGGCUGACGUUCAAGAGUCUGGACAGGAACAACGAUGGGCGCAUUGAUGCCUCAGAGAUCCAACAGUGUCUUGGAGAGCUGGGCAUGGACGUCAGCAAAGAGGAUGCCCUGAAAAUCUUACAGAGUAUGGACAUUGAUGGCACCAUGAUGGUUGACUGGAACGAGUGGAGAGAACACUUCCUGUUGCACCCUGCACACAACCUGGACGAGAUCAUACGCUAUUGGAAGCACUCCUCGGUGUUGGAUCUUGGUGACAGUCUUGCUAUCCCAGAUGAAUUCACGGAAGAGGAGAAGAGCUCUGGCUGUUGGUGGAAGCAGCUCGUCGCAGGCGCCAUGGCGGGGGCUGUCUCUCGCACUGGUACUGCUCCACUGGACAGAAUGAAAGUCUUCAUGCAGGUUCAUUCUUCUAAGACCAACCGGAUAAGUCUGGUGGGGGGCUUCAAGCAGAUGAUUGCGGAGGGAGGUUUGUCUUCAUUGUGGAGGGGAAAUGGCAUUAAUGUUUUAAAGAUUGCUCCUGAGACAGCCAUCAAAUUCAUGUCAUAUGAACAAUACAAGAAGUUGUUAUCUUCAGAGGGAAAUAAGAUUGAGACACACCAAAGGUUUAUGGCUGGCUCACUGGCUGGGGCCACAGCACAAACAGCUAUCUACCCAAUGGAGGUUUUAAAAACUCGACUGACCCUGAGAAAAACAGGCCAGUAUGCAGGAAUGUUCGAUUGUGCCAAGAAGAUCCUGAGGAAGGAGGGUGUCAAAGCUUUCUACAAGGGCUACAUUCCAAACUUAUUUGGUAUCAUUCCCUACGCUGGGAUAGACCUCGCUGUCUAUGAGAGUCUGAAGAACACCUGGUUGUCGUAUCACAAAGAUUCAGCUAACCCUGGUAUUCUGGUGCUGCUCGGCUGCGGAACCAUCUCUAGCACCUGUGGCCAGCUGGCCAGCUAUCCACUCGCACUUGUCCGCACACGGAUGCAGGCACAAGCGUCUCUGGAUGCAUCAGACCAGCCGACCAUGAGUUCCCUGUUAAGGAAGAUUGUUGCCAAAGAUGGCUUUUUUGGACUAUACCGGGGCAUCUUGCCAAACUUCAUGAAAGUCAUUCCUGCUGUCAGCAUUAGCUACGUAGUUUACGAGUACAUGAAGACCGGCUUAGGAAUCUCAUGAUACUGCGAGGGGAAUGAAAAACAAAAGAAAAAAACUGUCAGACUUGAAAUACCUGAAAUAACUCCGAGAAAACAGACAUGGAACAUACAGAGCAUGACUUCCAUCCGCUGAUGGAGAAGUUCACUGGAUGGAAGAAUGCAUGUUAGUUUUGCCUGUUAGUAGCUAAAGCAUUAUUUUUUGUGGUGUGCAUGCUUUAUUCCUGUCCUACUGUUAGUAUGACAUACCCCACACGUUUAUACACUGCCCAAAAAAUACUUGACUGAAAGACUGUUCUACACACAGUGCAUAAAACGUAGCAGAUAACGGGUUGUCUUAUUUAUGCCACUGAUACUCCUUUAAACUGUGAUGAAACAAAUGGGACAUAAUGUCUUUUUUGUUAACAAGGAAAAACAUUUUUCUCUAGAGAAGUGUGGCACAUAUCCCGUUCUGUGUUUGUGGUCUUUUUGUAACACAGACACAGAAAAUACUAUGUUCCCAUGUCUGCACACGGUAAGUGUAAUGUAACAAAUGUAAUGUAACACUUUUCUUUUUUAAGUUGUGAACAUCUGACCCAGAGUGACAUCAGCUCCAGACAAACUGUGCUCCGAUCAACGGCUGUCACCUAAAAAUAACCAGCCCUCAAAAAUCAAUACUUGUUAACACUGGAUGGAAUAGUGUGUGUAUGAAGAUACACGUCUUGUGCAAUGUGAAAACAGCUAUUUCCACAAUCUGUAUCUGCAUCUAAAUGUGCCUUAUAACCUGUUGGUGUAAACCCUCCAACACCAGAGGUUUUUAGCCAUAUACAGUAUAUAUACUGUAUCACUGUACUGUAUAUAUAACUGUUUCCAGUUAUGCCUUCUUGCGUAACUAUGAGGUCCAUUGAUGAAAACAGUAAUUAACUAAAGUUCUGGCAAGGAGCAUAUUUUUGUCAUGUGUCACUUCUCUUUUCAACACAUGAAGAUCAUUAAACACACACCCACCGGAUCAUGUUACAGUUAACCUUUUACUUGUUGUUUCGCAGAGGCAAAUGGUGAGACGUUUUCAUGUAGCAUGCAAGCUAACAGGCUGCCCACUGAGUUUAGUUUCAGUUACAUUAAUGUGGAGAUUGAUACAGGUCUUGAUUUAUUAGUUGUGGAAAAAAUGGUUUACGCAUUAAGCAGUUUUAACAACAAAACAGUUUGUUUUCAAAACUCAAGCAGUCUCCUUCAGUGUGUUGUUAAAAGAUGAGCUAAUAGUGGCAAAACAAACCCGUUCUGUGUUCAAAUUCAAAAUGGUUAGAUUUUUCAAAAUCAACAAUAAAAUUUAUCAGUUUCAAGAAUGU